AUGAAAAUCCAUGGUGCUGUCUUACUGGUAUUACUUUGUAUGGGAGUAAAUACAUCGCCAAACAGAGGAACUCCGUAUUUAGACGUGGAGUAUGUGGUUAAUGGAACAAAGAAAUCCGGAAGAAUUACAUUUGAAUUAUACUGGGAUGCUGCUCCGAAAACAGCUGCUAAUUUCUAUAAACUUGUUGAGGGAACACAUAUUGGAAACGAAUUUUAUAAAUAUGAAGGUUCCAUAUUUCAUAGAAUUAUUCCCGAGUUCAUGAUGCAAGGAGGAGAUAUUGUCAAAGGAAAUGGCACCGGGUCUAUUUCUAUAUAUGACGGCCAACCUUUUGAGGACGAAAAAUUCAUAUUUGGCCAUGAUGGAAUCGGUAAAUUAUCCAUGGCCAAUAGUGGGCCAAAUUCCAAUGGGUCUCAGUUCUUUAUUACCUUUUCUCCACAACCUCAUCUUGAUCGAAAGCACGUAGUCUUUGGGAAUGUCAAUGAAGACUGCAUUUCACUGAUCAAGGAUAUAGAAAAGGUAGAUAUCUAUAGCACUAGACCCAUACCUCCUGUAAAAAUAGUCAAAUCGGGAAUAAUGGAGAAAGAUAGGAAGGAGUAUCUUUAG